AUGGUGAGAGAAUUGAAUGGAAACUUGCAGGCUGUGUUCUUCAGCAUCCACCACCCUCGUCCUUCUAAAGAGUCGAGGUCGAAGUUUCCACAUUUUGUUACUGUUGAAUUGAGGGUAGAUGUUAAGCCAAUGCAAACUGUUCGAAUUUCAUUGGAUAAGUGUAAUCUGAGUUAUCGGAUUGAAAUGGGAGUUUUAACUGAUAAACCAGAGAGGGAUGAGUGGGGCAACAGUCUACAGGCAAUGCAAGUUGCCCUGGAUUUGGAGAAGAAUGUGAACCAGAGUCUGCUGGAUCUACACCAACUCGCCACCACUGAGACUGACCCUCAUCACGCAGUCACAAAAUGGACUCAGGUUUGUCAAAACCAUCACCAGGAUUGUGAAGUUGCUGUCAACAAGCAGAUUAAUGGGGAGCUCACUGCCUCCUAUCUUUACCUUUCUUUGGUGUCUUUCCUUGACCGGGAUGAUGUUGCCCUCAACCAUUUCUCCCGGUUCUUCAAACAUCAUUCUGAGGAGAAGCGGGAACAUGCAGAGAAGCUGAUGAAAUUCCAGAGCCAGCGUGGAGGAUACAUCCUCCUCCAGGAUGUGAAGAAACCAGAGAGGGAUGAGUGGGGCAACAGUCUACAGGCAAUGCAAGUUGCCCUGGAUCUGGAGAAGAAUGUGAACCAGAGUCUGCUGGAUCUACACCAGCUUGCCACCACUGAAACUGACCCUCAUCUGUAUGACUUCCUGGAGACUCACUAUUUGGAUGAGCAGGUCAAGUCCACCAAGCAACUUGGGGACUACAUCACCAACCUGAAGUGUCUGGGAGUCCCUGAGAAUGGGAUGGGAGAGUACUUGUUUGACGAGCUGUCACUAAAGGAGACCAGUUAA